AACAUGAAGGUAUUCAUUACAAUUUUGGCAUUGGCUGUGGCCUCCGCCUCGGCUUACGAGAGCGUGGUGCAUCCCAAGGACAUCACUAAGGCUGAGAAGAUCCAGGGACGCAUUACCAAUGGCUACCCAGCCUACGAGGGCAAGGCUCCCUACACCGUUGGUCUCGGCUUCAGCGGAGGUUGGUGGUGCGGUGGUUCCAUCAUUGGCAACACCUGGGUCCUGACUGCCUCUCACUGCACUGGUGGAGACGGUGUCACCGUCUACUUCGGCGCCACCUGGCGUACCAAUGCCCAGUACACCCACUACGUGAGCAGCGGCAACUUCAUCGAUCACUGGGUCGAUGAUAUUGCUCUGAUCCGCAUCCCUCAUGUUGAUUUCUGGUCCAUGGUCAACAAGGUUGAGCUACCCAGCUACAACGAUCGCAACGACCAAUUCCAGGACAGCUGGGCUGUUGCCUGCGGCUGGGGUGGCACCUACGAUGGCAGCCCAUUGCCCGACUGGCUCCAGUGCGUCGACCUGCAGGUCAUUGGCAACUCUGAGUGCGAAUCCUACUAUGGCAACAGCAUUGUGAACACCAACAUCAUCUGUGUCCGUGUCGUCGAUGGCAAGGGUACAUGCGGUGGCGACUCUGGUGGCCCAUUGGUCUCCCACAAUGGCAACAAACUGAUUGGUGUUACCAACUGGGUGUCUGGAUCCGGUUGCCAAGCUGGUCACCCCGCUGGCUUCCAGCGCGUUACCCACCACUUGGACUGGAUUCGCGACAACACUGGCAUUUCUUACUAAGAAGAACGUCACUUUAGAAAGCAAUAAAAAUAUUUAAAAAAUUGAAA